AUGGCAUCCAACUCAAGUUCCACCGUGACAGCUGAAACACUCUCCGAGGCUCUUCCCACUAUGGCGAUGGCCACUCAGGCCAUACAUGCAGAUGACUUUGUCAGCUCUCACCGAGCCAUUGCGCCUCCAUUACACCUCGCAGUCAACUAUCGAUAUUCAAGAGACCCUGAGCAGCUUGUUCUAGGCGAAAACAAAGAUCCCAAUGCUCCUAACGAAUCUUUCGUUUAUUCACGCUAUUCCGGACCCAACAGUAAUCGCUUUGAAACGGUUCUCAAGAACAUUUUCAAAGGAGGGAUCAUGACAUACUCGACAGGUCUUGCUGCAUUCCAUGCGAUUAUGGUCCUAUUGAACCCAAAGCGAGUGUUUAUUGGGGAUGGAUAUCAUGGUGUUCAUGGCAACAUUGAUGUUAUGGCCAAACUUACCGGUGUUCAAAAGCUAAGCCUCGACCAACUUGAUCAGAUGGGCCCAGGAGACUUGAUUCAUAUUGAGACACCUGUCAAUCCAACCGGAGAGGCACGAAACUUGGCAUUCUAUAGUGCCAAGGCUCAUGCUGCUGGAGCAUACAUCUCGGUUGACGCAACUUUUGGGCCUCCCCCUUUACAAGAUCCAUUGCAAUUUGGCGCCGAUAUUGUGCUUCACAGCGGUACGAAAUAUAUAGGAGGUCAUUCUGACAUGAUGUGUGGUAUCCUUGUGGUUCAUCCUGAUCGUGUUAGCCAAGGGUGGCUUGAUACGCUUUACUCGGAGCGGCUUGUCCUGGGCAACGUAAUGGGAAACCUUGAAGGCUGGCUAGGCCUUCGAUCUCUUCGAACGCUUCAGCUCCGUGUGAAACAGCAAUCUCAAACUGCCGAACGCCUAGUGAACUGGAUUCAUAAGGAAAUGCGUGAUCCGUCCUCCGUCGUCGGGCGUGUUGUUGACAGCAUUCGACAUGCCUCAUUACAGGAGGAAGACCUCGAGGAUGGAUGGCUACAACAGCAGAUGGCUGGAGGGUUUGGGCCAGUCUUUGCUAUCUGGCUCAAGAGUGCUGAUCAUGCAAAGCGUCUUCCCAGCAAGCUGUUCAUCUUUCAGCAUGCGACUAGCCUUGGUGAUGUUGAAAGUUUGAUCGAAUGGAGAGCCAUGAGUGAUGCAACAUGCGACCCUAGGCUACUUCGUAUUAGCUGCGGCUUGGAGGAUGCUGGUGACCUACAGCAAGACCUUCUCCAGGGCUUCCAAGCUCUUUCUAAAUGA